CUGACAGCCAUCUUUAUUAGGGGCAGAAGCCGCGGCUACGGAGAGCGAGUGAGGCCACGAAACUUUCGACUGCAAGCUGGUGAAUCCAGGCGCCCGCGGGUGUGGAGCGCCGCGGGAUGCGGGGAGGUGUCGGGCGUUAGGUUCGUUUGGGACCCGCCGUACUAUGGCCUGGGCACCCCGAUCCGGUGGCCUUCUACCUCCUUUCUCUAACGUACCCCCGUCGUGGGCGCAUCCUGUGAGCGCUGAGAAUGAGCGGGGCGAGGGGAGUCGCGGAGGGCCUGGGCUGCUCGCUGCGGGGGGCUUCCUGCGCCGGGACUCCGACAGACAGCCGUGGGAGCCCACAUCGGCCAGCGGCCCGAUGCCCUUCGCUCUGCAGCGGCUCAGGGCCACGUUGCUCCGUCUGCACCGCGAGCGGGAGCAGCUCCUGCGGGCCCGGGACUGCGCCCGCCACCUGCAGGCGGUCGUGCGGCUACUCCGCUCCAGCCCGUCGGCUAGUGCCCUCUCCCUGCAGCAGCUGCACGGCGACCUGCAGCUGUGCCCUUCGCGUGGGGCGGCUCUGCGCCUCGGCCUCCCGGGCUCCACCGAGUCGCUUCUCCUGGCUCGCCCCGUCGGACUAGCAGCCCAGCGCCUGGAUGCUGCCAUUGAGAUGCAGCUUCGCGCCCUAAGUCGGGCACCCGCCAGCCUGGGCCUGACGUCCCAGCUAGCCGAACUGUUACUGGCCCUUCCCUUCUACCACACGCUACAGAGACAAGUCGUGAGCUGCGUUCCUGGGGCCGCGCGCCCAUUCCCCGCGACCCGUGUGCUCCAUCUCCUGGCUGCUGAGCGGGGUUGUCAGGUAGCACACAGACUGGCUGAGGCCCUUGGUGGCUCGAGUUUACAAGACCAACUUCGUUGGCAGUGCGACGAGGAACGAGAGCUGCUGCCAGGGCUGCUCGGUCUAAUAGGGGGCGUGGCUAGCACCGACAGCAGUGGACUGAGGCUCGGAGGGCCCGGAGCCCUGUGGAGCCAGUAUUGGACCUUGCUGUGGGCAGCCUGUGCUCAGAGUCUGGAACUAAGCGUGGGACCCUGGGGGGACCCCAGAGCAGUUGCCCAACAGCUGAGUCAGGCACUGUGUCAAGCAUCCCUGCCUCAGGAGUGUGAGAAGGAGCUGUUGUCUCUGUGUCACAGCCUGCAUCAUCGGUCUCUUGUAUGGAGCUGGGACCAAGGGUUCUGCCAGGCCUUGGGCUCAUCCCUGGCGGGUCAAAGCAGCCCUGUUUCACAAUCUCAGACUGCUGAGCUGUUGCAGCGGCUUUUUCCUCCGCUUUUGGACACCCUUCGAGAGCCUAAAUCGGAACUUAGCCUGUGUCUUUCUCCAGGUGAGACAGGUCCUGCACCUGUCGCUCUGGGGCUCUGUACCCUGCAGACAACCUUGAUCUGGUUCUUGGGCAGAGCUCAGCAUCACCUGGCAGCCUGGGCCCCUGGCUCCUUCCUGCUCCUGAUUCAAAAGGAUUUGCCUCCUCUACUGCGUGUAGUAGAAGAUCUGUCCAGCCUGGCCUCGGAGGCAACCUUAACCCUGGAUGUGGAGCAGCAGCUGGGCCUGGAGAUCCAGAAGCUAACUGCAAAGAUGCAGCUCCUGCCCGAAGAGUCGCUGAGUCUCUUUUUCCAAGAAUGCCAUAAACAAGCCACACAGGGCUUCAAGAUCCACAUGCCAAGGGGUCGAUACUGGAGGCUUCGACUGUGCCCUGAACAUCCCAGUGCUCCUAGUGAGUAUGCAGGGAUGGUGGUCUGCACUGUGCUGGAGCCUGUGUUGCAAGGACUGCAGGGAUUGCCACCCGAAGCCCAAGUCCCCGCCCUCAGCCAGGCACUGACAGCCGUACUGGGUGCCUGGCUUGACCACAUCCUCACCCAUGGGAUCCGGUUCAGGUGGGAAGGAAAGAUGGUCGUGGCAGAGGGAGAAUGUCAACAGGGAAAAUGGAGAACACGGGGCAGAGCAGUCUGGGGAGGCGCGCGUGUCAGGUGGCCACAUUGUACCUGGACAUCUAGUCUGCAGGGGGCGCUGCAGCUCAAACAAGACUUCGGAGUGGUCAGGGCGGUUCUGGAAGAGGAGCAGUGGGGCCUGUCCUGGGAGCUUCGCCAGACUCUGUUCUCACUCAGCAUCUUCCAGCGGCUAGAUGGGGCCCUGCUGUGUCUACUGCAGCAGCCCCUGCCCAAGAAUCCAGGCCACAGAAGACCUUCCUGUUGCUGUUUUUGUAAUGAAGUCCAGACCACUGAACUGCCCACCAGCAACCUCAACAGCCUAGAGAACUUGGCACCCCCUCUACGGCCUGGAGUCUCCCCAGCUCAGAACAUGCACCUGCGAAGCACCCUAGGAGGAGGAGGAGGAGGACCCAGUCCUGAGGCUUACCUGGCUGGAAACCAGCAGGCCUGGCUUGCCCUAAGGCUGCACCCGCACCCUCGGUGGCACCUAUCCUUUCUUUCCUGCCUGGGAACAAGCCCUGAGCCCUAG